GUUACAGAAACUUUCGUUGAUGUUUGGUUCCAGUAUGGACAGAUUUUGGAUUUGAAAAUUUCUUUGGAAGAAGCAAAAAGGUUUUUAUUUUGUUUCUCUUGUGGGUACAUGGACAACAAUAGAUACAGUCUACAGGGGAUAUACUGGUGUGCAUUAAUGGGUGCCAGUUCAACAGGGAGCAGUGAAGGGGUGGAACGUCUGCUUUCUGUUGGUCACCAUUUGCUUUGAUAUAAAACCGUCAGGCCUUAUCUUCUCCGUAAUAUAAAGUUCAGCACUGCCUCUGUGAAAGUUUUUAGGGGAAAGCUCUGCAGGCGUCAUUUCUCUUACCUCAUCGAAGAACCCAGCAGUGUCGCAAACCACAUAGAGACAAGCACCAUGAAGUCCCGCGCAGAGCAAACUUUCUUCUAUCUAAUGUCUGUGUUAUUUCUCUGUGUUGCUGCAGACCUGCAAGCACCUGAUGUUCACACAAAGCUUGGGAGCCUGAGAGGUCAGUAUGUGGCUGUAAAGGGAAAGGAGACUGGCGUCUAUGCCUACCUGGGUGUUCCAUUUGCCAAGCCGCCUGUUGGGCCUGCUCUGAGACUGGCUGCACCCCAGCCUGUAGAGGGAUGGGAAGGAGUGAGAGAUGCCACCCAGCAGCCGCCCAUGUGUAUUCAACAUAGACAGCAGUCUUUAGAUCUGAUGGAAAAACUCGGCAUGGUGGUAGAUCUCCCAGACAUUUCAGAGGACUGCCUUUACCUCAACAUUUACACUCCUGCAAACAGAGCUCACAAUGCCAAGCUCCCAGUAAUGGUCUGGAUCCAUGGUGGAGGUUUUGGUAUUGGGUCAGCUUCCACAUAUGAUGGAUCAGCCCUGGCUGCUUACCAGGAUGUGGUUGUGGUUGUGAUCCAGUAUCGCUUGGGACUUCUAGGCUUUCUCAGCACUGGUGAUGAGCACAUGUCAGGAAACUUUGGCCUGUUGGACCAGGUUCAGGCUCUGAGGUGGAUCCAGCAGCACAUUCAUAACUUUGGGGGAGACCCAGGUUCAGUUACCAUAUUUGGGGAAUCUGCUGGUGGAGUGAGCGUUUCCCUCCUGCUUCUGUCACCGCUGUCUGAUGGCCUAUUCAACUAUGCCAUCGCUGAGAGUGGCACUGCUGCAAUGGAUUUACUCAUUUCAAAUGAUCCCCUUCCAGUGACACAGAUGGUUGCAAAUGCAUCUGGCUGUAGCCUCGAAAGCACAGAGGAGAUCUCUGAUUGCAUGAGGAGCGUCGAUAUUGACACUAUUGUGACAAUUGGGAUGGAUGAAAAAUUGAGAAUAGCUGUUAACACUGAUGGACACUUCCUGACAAAACCUGUGGAUGAGCUGUUCCGUACCCAUGAACUUCUUACUGUACCGUUCAUGACUGGUGUUAAUAAUGAUGAAGGGGGCUGGUUACUUGCUGAUUUCUUUGCUCCUCCAAACUGGACAGAGGGAAUGGAUCGGGAGCAUAUCAUGAACAUGAUGUACAUGUUCUACCCUGAUCCCGAUGAUGCCAUGUUCAGAGAUCUCUUGGUAGAUGAAUAUAUUGGAGCCGGUGAAGAUCGUGUGAAAAAUAGAAACGGAUUCACUGAGAUUCUUGGAGAUAUGAUAUUCAUCUUUCCAGCAAUUAAAACUGCUAAUGCCCACAGAGAUGCAGGUGCCCCUGUGUACCUGUAUUACUACCAGCAUGAUCCUGAAUUCCUGCAGGCAAAAAGGCCGAGCUAUGUUGGGAGUGACCACGGAGAUGAAAUCUUUACAGUAUUAGGAUUCUGCUUCACAACUACUCAUGUCAAAGUAACUGAUGCAUGCUCUGAAGAGGAGGAACAGCUGAGCAGGGCUAUGAUGAGCUACUGGGGAAACUUUGCUCGCACAGGGUCUCCUAAUGGGGAAGGUCUUGUCCACUGGCCAAAGUAUGGAGCAGAAGAAGACUACUUGUCAAUUGAUGCAAAUGAGCAGGUACCUGGUCAGCACCUGAAGAAGGAGCGGUUUGUCUUCCUGACUCAGACUCUGCCGGAGAAGAUCCGACAACACAAAGAGAAGAUGGAGCGCACCGAGCUGUAGAAUAGUCACUUCUACUUUCUCCCUUUAUCAAUUUUCUUUCGAGUUCCUCUUUAACAACAAACACAGUUGAACUUAAAAAAAGGUGUGUAAUGUGGCAGUAGGGAGUCAACAAUUAACGGGUAGUAUUCAAAACUUGUUCGAAAAACACUCAAGUAUUCUCAUACUGUCUGACUAAAUAUACCUAUUAUUUUUACCCUCGAUCUACUAAUUAAAAAAAGUGUAGCCUACUUCUUUUGAAGAAUAUUGUUAAAUACAUUUUCAUCGUCAAUUGACAGCUGGAAGGUGUGGUUAGAAAUACCUUGCCCUAUAGGCUGCUAUUAAUUACUAGUUAUGUGAUAACCAUAAAUGAAAUAUUGAUCUACGUCAGUGAUGCAGUCUCACUCGCUAAGACUAAUGUUGACAAUGCCUUUCUGUUUUCAUUUUUCACAUGUAUUUUGUUCAAGAAAGGAAAUAAACAAUCAAAAGUCUGUUC